GUUUCCAUAUCAUGUUCUCACUGUUUUUCUUUAUAUUGAAAUUUUUUCAUGAAAUGAUAUAUGAGGUUUUAAUUGCUUUAGGAAGUACUGGGAUUUCUGGGACUAGAAACAUAUGCAAGAAAAAUCAAUGGAGGAAGUCUCUUUUGAAUCCCAAUGGAGCUUCCAUUAAUUGCUCAUAUAGUACAGAGAAGGAUCCUCUCUUACCGUCUAUCCAGCAGUUAAUCGAUGCUCGUCUCAUAUAUAGUGUAUCUGCUGCAUUGGGUCAUAACAAGGAAUCACAUCCAGAAUGCAGCGCAAGAGUUCCUGCCAUUGUUAAUGCUCUUGAGAAGAAUGAGCUCACUCCUAAGUUCCGUGGCUCACAGAUUCUUGAACUUGCAAAUUUCAAGACGGCAACUAUAGAAGACAUUGCAAAUGUUCACGACAAGGCUUAUGUCUUUGGCCUAGAGAAGGCAAUGGAUGAGGCUUCGGAUUCGGGACUAAUUUUCAUCGAAGGCUCUGGACCAACAUAUGCCACUUCAACGACAUUCCAAGAUUCACUUAUCGCAGCAGGAGCCGGAAUGGCUUUAGUUGAUUCAGUGAUAGCAGCAUCCAGAAAUAGCCCAGAUCCACCCACUGGUUUUGCAUUGAUAAGACCUCCAGGACACCACGCCGUGCCAAAAGGUCCAAUGGGGUUCUGCGUUUUUGGUAAUGUGGCAAUCGCCGCUCGUCAUGCCCAACGCACACAUGGUCUGAAGCGCAUCUUCAUAAUUGACUUCGAUGUUCACCACGGGAAUGGCACAAAUGAUGCAUUUUCUGAGGACCCUGAUAUAUUCUUUUUGUCAACUCAUCAGGAUGGAAGCUACCCUGGGACAGGGAAAAUCAGUGACAUAGGUAAAGGAAAAGGUGAAGGUACCACUCUAAAUUUACCUUUACCUGGAGGUUCAGGUGAUAUUGCAAUGAGAACUGUUUUUGAAGAAAUCAUUGUACCAUGUGCUCAACGGUUUAAGCCAGACCUUAUUCUAGUUUCUGCUGGGUAUGAUGCUCAUGUCCUGGAUCCACUAGCAAAUCUACAAUUCACGACCGGAACAUACUACUCGUUGGCGAAAGAUAUAAAGCGGUUAGCAAAAGAAGUAUGCGGCGGGAGGUGUGUGUUUUUCUUGGAAGGAGGAUACAAUCUUGAAUCGCUUUCAUCAUCUGUGGCAGACUCGUUUCGAGCAUUGCUUGGGGAAGAAAGCUUGGCAUCAGAGUUUGAUAACCAAGCUUACUUGUAUGAUGAACCAAUGCGAAAGAGGAGGUCUUCGAUAGAGACGGAGCCCAUGACAUUGCAUCUCGAUCAAUUAGAAAAUGCUCGAGAAGAAGCAAUUUAUGUGAUGAAAACGAAGACAAUGGAGGAAGCUAUGGAUAUUUUCACAAAGGAGACGCAUGAGGGUUUAAGAGCUCGUGAGGAAAGAGGAGGACGAUGCAUAAAUCUCAAGGAUGAGGAUGAUGAUGAUGAUGAUGAAGACGAAAGAAUGACGUUUAUGAGUCCUCAUGCCUCUCCUCCUCGUCUCUUCCCUCUUCGCUCGAUAUCAUCGAGUGUUUCUCCAUCCGGCAGUUACAGAAUCAAAUUCUCCGAUAAUGUCGCCGUUGAGUGUCGGAAUCUCUGUUUCUCCGUUAGUACAAGGCAAGGUAUAUCUGUUCCUAUCCUCCGUGACUGCUCCUUUCGAAUUCCUUCUGGACAAUUGUGGAUGAUUCUUGGUCCCAAUGGCUGUGGUAAAUCUACCCUUUUGAAGAUUUUAGCCGGUGUAGUGAAUCCAUCUAGCGGCUCUGUCUUUGUGGAGAAGCCCAAGAAUUUUGUAUUUCAGAAUCCUGAUCACCAGGUAGUGAUGCCUACAGUAGAAGCUGAUGUGGCAUUUGGUCUUGGCAAGUAUCAUGACAUGAAUCAGGAAGAAGUUAAGUCUAGGGUGAUUAAAGCUUUGGAGGCAGUUGGUAUGCGUGAUUAUAUGCAGAGACCGAUUCAAACUCUCAGUGGUGGUCAGAAACAAAGAAUUGCCAUUGCUGGUGCUUUAGCUGAAGCUUGCAAAGUGCUAUUGUUGGAUGAGCUCACAACUUUCCUAGAUGAGUCUGACCAGAUGGGUGUGAUCAAAGCUGUGAAGGAUCUGAUAAAUGCAAAGAAAGGAGAUGUGACGGCAUUAUGGGUGACACAUCGGUUAGAGGAGCUCAAGUAUGCGGAUGGAGCUGUGUAUAUGGAGAACGGUAGAGUGGUCAGGCAUGGUGAUGCAGCCACCAUCUCAGAUUUCAUUAAAGCCAAACAGUCGUCUUACAUUGAUCAAAUUGGUGAAGAUAGAGAUAGCAUCAUAUCCAUGGAAAUGUCUAGAGGAAGCAACAGUUUUGACAAUAAGAAGCCUAGUUGCCAGAGAGGUCACUGGAGACCUGUUGAAGACGACAAUCUCCGGCAACUCGUUGAACAAUAUGGUCCCAAGAACUGGAAUUUCAUUGCUCAACAUCUCUAUGGAAGAUCAGGGAAAAGCUGUAGAUUGAGAUGGUACAACCAACUUGAUCCAAACAUCACCAAGAAACCCUUCACCGAGGAAGAAGAAGAGAGACUGCUUAAAGCUCAUCGGAUCCAGGGGAAUCGUUGGGCCUCCAUAGCCCGACUGUUCCCCGGGAGGACCGACAACGCUGUCAAGAACCAUUUUCAUGUCAUCAUGGCUAGACGCAAACGCGAAAACUUCUCUUCCACGGCUACUUCUACGUUCAACCAAACUUGGCAUAAUGUUUUGAGCCCUAGUUCUAGUCUUACAAGGCUUAAUAGAUCCCAGUUUGGGCUAUGGAGGUAUCGGAAGGAUAGGAGUCACGGUCUCUGGCCUUACUCUUUUGUUUCAGAACCUCGAAAUGAUCAAUUUGGAUCUUCAUCUGUCUCUAAUGUACACCACGAAAUUUAUCUUGAGAGGAGAAAGUCGAAAGGGUUGGUGGAUCCUCACAAUUACACAUUUCAUGCAGCCACACCAGAUCAUAAGAAGACUUCAAAUGAAGAUGGACCAUCCAUGGGAGAUGAUGGUGAGAAGAACGAUGUUACUUUCAUUGAUUUUCUUGGUGUUGGAUUAGCUUCUUAGGUUAUAACAUCACAACUCCAUGCUUUUAAGGGUUUCUAUCAUUAGGGUUAGGCAUCAUUUUCAGCCUUUUGCUUCCUUAAACUCUCAUAUGGAUCUUCUAUCAAUUACAACUCUCAUUUUCUAUAUCAUUCAAAUAUAUAUCAUACAUGUAG